UUUUGGCCUCUUUGGUCACGAUCAUCCCUUUGGAUCCAGCCAAAGAGCGCGCCUCGUCCCUAUGGCAACCGCGCCAGGUCCACGCGCAGACGGCGGGUAGCAAGGGUCAAAACAGAUUCGCAAAGUAGAAGUCCUCGACCCGUUCAGUCCGCGCCUUCGCUCUGGAAAGGAAGAGGAAUGGAAGUGAAAAAGUUGAGCAUUUCCUGGCAGUUCUUGGUAGUUCUGGUUGUGACCCUGCAAAUUCUGUCUGCGUUGGAUUUGGACCCAUACAGAGUCCUAGGGGUCAGCCGAACAGCCAGUCAGGCUGAUAUUAAAAAGGCUUAUAAGAAGCUCGCCCGGGAAUGGCAUCCUGACAAAAACAAAGAUCCUGGAGCAGAAGACAAGUUCAUCCAAAUUAGCAAGGCUUAUGAGAUUCUUUCCAACGAAGAAAAGAGAUCCAAUUAUGAUCACUAUGGAGAUGCCGGAGAGAACCAGGGCUACCAGAAGCAGCAGCAACAGCGGGAGUAUCGCUUCCGCCAUUUCCAUGAGAAUUUUUACUUCGAUGAAUCUUUUUUUCACUUCCCUUUUAAUUCUGAGCGGCGGGACUCCAUUGACGAGAAGUAUUUAUUGCACUUCUCACACUACGUGAAUGAAGUGGUUCCAGAUAGCUUCAAGAAACCCUACCUCAUCAAGAUCACCUCAGAUUGGUGCUUCAGCUGUAUCCACAUCGAGCCUGUUUGGAAAGAGGUAGUUCAGGAGCUGGAAGGAUUGGGUGUAGGAAUUGGCGUGGUCCAUGCUGGGUACGAGAGACGCCUGGCCCAUCACCUGGGAGCGCACAGCACUCCCUCUAUCCUAGGAAUCAUAAAUGGGAAAAUCUCCUUCUUCCAUAACGCAGUCGUCCGCGAGAACCUACGACAGUUUGUAGACGGUCUUCUUCCAGGGAACUUGGUGGAGAAAGUUACAAAUAAAAAUUACGUCCGAUUCCUCUCCGGCUGGCAGCAAGAGAAUAAACCCCAUGUCCUUCUGUUUGACCAGGUGCCCGUCGUACCACUGCUGUACAAGUUGACUGCUUUUGCAUACAAAGAUUACUUGUCAUUCGGAUACGUGCACAUCGGUUUGAGAGGGGCGGAGGAGAUGACGAGGCAGUACAAUGUCAAUGUCUAUGCCCCCGCCAUCUUGAUCUUUAAAGAACACAUAAACAAGCCUGCGGAUGUUAUCCAGGCCCGAGGUAUGAAGAAACAGGUCAUUGACGACUUCAUCACCCAAAACAAGUAUCUACUGGCAGCCAGGCUCACCAGCCAAAAGUUGUUCCACGAGCUCUGCCCCGUGAAGCGGUCUCACCGACAGAGGAAGUACUGUGUGCUUUUGCUGACCCCCGAGGCUACCAAGUUGAGUAAACCCUUUGAGGCUUUCCUGUCCUUUGCCCUGGCAAAUACGCAAGACACAGUGAGAUUCGUGCAUGUCUACAGCAAUCGGCAGCAGGAGUUCGCCAGCACCUUAAUACCAGACAGUGAUACUUUUCAAGGAAAAUCAGCGGUGUCCAUCUUGGAAAGGCGCACGACGGGAGGAAGGGUGGUGUAUAAAACCCUGGAGGCUCCCUGGACAGGGAGUGAGAGCGAUAAAUUCACACUCCUGGGCUAUCUGGACCAGCUGCGCAGAGACCCCGCUCUGCUGUCCUCGGAAGCUGUGCUCCCCGACCUGACGGAUGAACUUGCCCCUAUCUUUCUCCUCCGGUGGUUCUACUCUGCUUCUGACUACAUCUCAGACUGCUGGGACAGCAUAUUUCACAACAACUGGCGGGAAAUGAUGCCCCUUCUGUCCCUGGUCUUCUCCGCCCUCUUCAUCCUCUUCGGCACCGUCAUCGUCCAGGCUUUCAGUGACUCAAAUGAUGAGCGAGAGUCCAACCCUCCAGAUAAAGAGGAAGCGCGUGAGAAGGCGGGGAAGACGGAGCCAAGCUUCACCAAAGAAAACAGCAGCAAGAUUCCUAAAAAAGGCUUCGUGGAGGUAACUGAGCUCACAGAUGUAACCUACACCAGUAACCUGGUCCGCCUGAGGCCAGGCCACAUGAACGUGGUCCUCAUCCUGUCCAAUUCCACCAAGACGAGUCUACUGCAGAAAUUCGCUUUGGAGGUCUACACGUUCACUGGGAGCAGCUGCCUGCACUUCUCCUUCCUGAGUCUAGAUAAACACAGAGAAUGGCUGGAGUACCUUCUAGAAUUUGCUCAGGAUGCAGCCCCGAUCCUGAACCAAUACGACAAGCAUUUCAUGGAACGUGACUACACGGGCUACGUGCUGGCCCUGAAUGGCCACAAGAAGUAUUUCUGCCUCUUCAAGCCCCAGAAAGCAGUGGAAGAGGAGGAGGCCAUGGGGUCCUGCAGUGAUCUUGACUCUUCCCUCCAUCUGGGUGAAUCUCGGGGGAAGUCUCCCUGUGGCCUUGGACCCAGGCCCAUCAAAGGGAAAUUGAGCAAGUUGUCCUUAUGGAUGGAGCGGCUGCUCGAAGGCUCCUUACAGAGGUUUUAUAUCCCGUCGUGGCCUGAACUAGACUGAGGGAGCGAGAGAGAGACUUAACUCUUCAGGCUUUUUAAUAGGCCCCUGGGAACAGGUCUUUUCAGGACUCCACCUAUCACCGCGGACAGAGAAUAGAUUCUAGAUUAUUCUCCCGGAACAAUGGCUAGAAGAAUCUUCCCUUUGUCCUGUUCUAACCUCGGAGUGAAAAACACCUCAAGUUGAAUUCCCUAGAUCAAAAUAUUUUUGCUUUGGGUUUUUUCCCCGUUUGAAUGCCGCACUAUUUAAAGUAGACUGCUCAUUCCCUCUUCCUUUGUCAUCCCUGCCAUUUGCUCACACCGCCCUCUCCUAUCCUGUCUCCGCGCUGUGGGAGAAGCACAGGGCUCCAGCCGGCAGCAGGCCCUGGAUGGAACCCCGCGAGGCUGGAGAGCUGGUCGGGUCCCCUACCCCCUGCCCCGCCCCCGCUGUGCUUCUGCCCCAGCGCAUGCUGUAUCAGUGGGACAGACAGCCCACAGCAGCUUCUAGGCCCUGCAUCCUGAAAGAGGCCUGGUUCCAAGCAAUCUCACAUCGGGUAGUUUUUCGGGUAGUCAGUGGCCAAAAGUGCAUUUGGGGGGUAUCCCUGUGCAGCAGGUUGUCAGCCACGGUUUCACAAGGCUAGGGAUAAGUGGGGGUCCUGCAUGUGAGUUUGGUUUUCUUCCCAAGACAAGAGAAGGGAGGGCUGGGCAGUGACGGACUUGACCCCUUGGGGCGUCCCAUCAGCCACCUCCCCCAGCGCUAAACAUAGCCAGGGAGGGAUCUGCACGGCAAGAAGUACUGUAAUGACUUUGAGCCAUUUACGUGUCUGUUUUCACAUGCCUUUCUGCCUCCGUCAGUUUUAGGGUAUGAAUCUUAGGAGCCAUAAUUUGUAAUCUUGUUCUCUGGACGUAGAGAUAAGCUGCUAUAAACCAGUAGAUGUUAAACCGAAGACACCUACCUUAUCCCUGCCUGACAGGGGUCAGGCUCGAGGAACCUCUUCACUCCUGGUGUCUCUUUAGUAAAAUACCAGACAUGUCUUUGUAUCAAGGAACUUAAAACCUUAUCAGCAGUUGUAUUUUGAACACUGUUACCCCAAAAGUGCUGUAACUUUGAGCCCUCUUUUGUGACAAGUGAGCCAAGACUUGUUCUAGACUCCUGUUUGGCAAAAGGCUUACUCUGAGCUUCUGGCCUAUAUUGUGAUAUCUCAGUUGCUUUCACUCUUAACUCACAACUGCUUCACCACUUAACAGGGUCCGACCUACCAUCAGCACCCAGGCUUCCAGAGCUCCAGUGUGCAUUGGGUCACACCCGCCAGUUAGAGGGUUUGCCUUGGGGUGGGGGGGUGCGGCGGCAAAACCACCAGUGGAGUUUUAACAGCCUCAGAGAGUGGUCGGUUCAGAUGUCAAAGCGGAUUGCCCUUUAGUAAAGCGAAGUGUCAGAAUCAGUGAUGGGACAUUUACUAAGUUAGUAUUUCUUUAAUCAUCAUUGCUUUUAACGAAGCCGUUUAGAUCCUGAAUAAUUUAAAUAUUGAGCUACAAUGGCAAGUAAUAAAUUAUUUAAGCCCAGGAAUUCCUGUCGUUUCCAUGGAGUCUACAGCUUUAUAUUAAAAAAAAAAAAAAAAUCACUGCCAGGCUUUUUUUUCCCCACAUGAUUCUCUAAAAAUUGGAUGCUUACUCUGAGUGCUGUGUCUCCUGGCACCUGGCCCAGGCAGGCGUGAUUAAGGGAUUCAUUUGGUUCCUUGAUGCACCAGCCUCAAAAUCAUUUUCUAGGUGUUUUAUGGCCAAGUUGCUGAUGUGAGUAGCAUUCAGUGGUAGGCUUUUCAUUUCUGGUACUAAUGGGAUGGGUCCCUGACCUUAAUUUCUGAAAACCAAAACCUCCCCAGAUUUGUUCAUUUAAAAAAUGUUUCUCAUUAAAAUAAAAAGCACCUUUAGACAGACAGCUGCACCCUCCAUUUGUAUGAAGAAAGAACAGAUAGGAUUAAAAACAUUCCUGGUGAAUUUUUCAGUCCAAAAAUUAUUUCACAGGUCUGUUUGGGGCUGGAGGAUAUGUGCCCCAAGAGGACACUCGGAAGGGUCUAAUUUAAAUUGAACUUUGCCCUUGACCGCCCUAGGCUUUCCUCCUGAAUGUUUCCAUGAAUUUGUUUACUUUUGUGUCAAACGUAUGAGCCAUCGUCCUGCUCAGCCAAUGCCACCACUUCUUCUCUUGUAUGUAACCACACAGACCGAAUUUUGGUUUUAAGUUAAUUUCUUGGUCUUUGAAUAUCUUGAGACUGACAACAUCAUUUUGUUUUUAGAAGUAGGCUUUUCUGGUUAGAGCCUAAGAAUCAUGUUUAGCAGAUGGGGAUGAAAACUGGCCUAAAACAAGUCUUUAUAGAAUACAUAUCUACUUACAAAUAUUUUUUUAUCAUCCAGGUGCCGGUGGCAUAAUUUGUCUAAGAGAUUGUCAGCAGCGUUUCAGUGAGCAAGACUGCCCUGACAUCUGUUAGGCUCCACAGUCUCUCUCUGCCAUCGCUUACCGACCGUGAAAAUUUGGUCGUACUAUUCGAAUUAAUAGGUUGACUUCCUCUUCAUUCAGUACAUGAACGUUUUCCUGAUUUUAAAAAGAAAUGAAAUCUGAAUGUGUUUUUUAAGUGAUUUGCUUUGUUUGGGAAAAGAGAUUAGAAGCAAACACUCAAGCUCUUUUCCUAAGUAAGAGUCUCUAAAAGCUGAUGCAGAAUGUCUUUGCAGAUGAAAUACCGCUCACAUCCAAAUGCCUGACCUUGUCCCUUGAAAACAAAUGCAGUGUGGCAGCUGCUGAGUCCGUCCGUUCCGUUUGUCGAGGAGGAUGGAAUUUUAGAGACCGAUCUGAGAAGAAGGUGAAUAUUUUGCACUUUUGAUACUCUUAGGAACAAAUAACUUAUUUGGCAAAUGGUGUCCUUUUUAUGUUGUUUUUGUUUUGUAUUGUGAACAGGCACUGAAGCUGAUGUUAUUUUUGUUUUGAGAAUAUUACAGACUGGAAACAGAAAUAAACUAUUUUAAUGUGUGAUGAUUA